GCUCCGAACGAGGAUAGUAUAGGCAGUGAUUAGGAAGAGCGGCCUUGAUAACAUUUCUCGUUUCGAUCUCGUGCGGCGAAGAUUAUGAUGGUCUUCGGGGGCAAUUUACGCGGGCAUCAAAGGGGACGUUUUCGUUUGGGCGGGUAGGCAGAUUGAUGUCUGACGGUAGUCGGCAAGGUUGAAGCGUCAAUCUUAUUAAUCGUUGGCUGGGUCGUUGCGUCGUGUUUCAGAACGAGCAGACGCGGUUGGGCGGUUUGGGCAGGUAGCAAUUUUGCUCGCCCUCGUCUCUGAAACUGAAGCGCACACGCCGCCUGCUGCGAAAACGGGCGGAGGGGAGAUUUGCGAGGCUCGUGCCGAGACAACGUGACGAGCGCGACAAAAGUGCCUGUGCAGGGCGGAGUACGUAAUCGCGGAGCGGAUGAUGCGUACGCUGGCCGUCAGGCUGGCGACGAUCGGGUCAGGAUGACGGGUCGUGGCAGGCCGUAGCGAUUGAUAAUGAGAAUGCACAUCGGCCAGCCGACGGGAAGAUAACGAAAUGCUGGGGGGUGGGAACGGGAUGGGAUGUUCACGGCGAUUGUGCUGCUUUUUCUUCUUCGGUGCAUGCCGCUUCCAACGCGUCUUGGCUGGGUACGCGGUGCGAGUCAAGCACGAACGACUUUUGAGGAAAAGCACCACGCGGCGCUGGGAAAUGAAGGGUCGAGAGUGACGCGGCGGCGGCAGCGACAGCGACAAGACGAGCAACAGCCCACUCGGUCUGAAGCAAGAGGCAUGCGUGUAUGGCGGCCCACAAAGACAGACGGUGGAGAGAGAGAGAGAGAGACAGAGAGAGAAGAGAGAAGCGUGGUCGAAUUCGUACUGCGGCCAGGGUACCACCGACAGCCCACAGUACCAAUGAAGGGAAAAAGAAAAAUAAUCAUGGACGACGACGACGAACAACAAUAAUGGAGAAAGUAUUAUUGCUUGAGCCGCAGGGUCGUCGAAACCAGGCUCGCCUCGCCGUUGCCCCUCAUUCGCGGAAAAAGAGGAUCUACGAGGGGUGCGGAGGUCAUCGUUGUUUUACUACGGCGGAGAGAUUUUCGUAGCCGUCAGAGCGGAAACGUCAGGGCAGGAAUCAAAACACGGUCGCAUGGGUGCGCGCACGAGAGAGAGAGAGAGAGUGAGUGAGUGAGAGAGUAUGUGUGUGUACGUGCCUGUGACAUGCGGAAUGAGGUCACCAGGAAUGAGGCCGCUGUCGAGUUUACAAAUGAGGAUCUGAUCAUUUUCCGCCCCGAAACAAGCAAAAUAAAAUUGGGCGAGUUGAGCAGAAUCUCACGCAACAGGCGCGGUCCCCUGUCCAGUCCGCGCACAUCGGCAUUUUGCUUUCUCACGAGCAGCGGUUGGCCGGGUCUGGAGGCGUGUGAUCGAGAUGGCGAGUGGUGGGCGAUCAGUGAGAGACUGGCUGUACAGGAACAGGUGAAAUGAGACGUACGUGCGUGCGUGCGUGCGUGCGUACGGGUGGGUGUUUGUUUGUGUCUGUGUGUGUGUGUGUGUGUGUGUGUGUGUGUGUGUGUGUGUGUGUG